AAUCAGGAGAGAGAAAGAAACAACCGCUUUGUUUCAUUGUUCUCUCUCUUUCUAUAUAUGUCCACAACACCACCCGUUGAUGACAUAGCAAAAGAAGAGAGAAAAGUGGUGGAAGAGGCCUCCGAGAAGAGCUACAGCCUACAUCCAUGGCUGAAUCCAUUUCAGUUGACAUGGAGAGGAUCUUUCUUGGCGGAAAGGAACAUCAUAUUCGAACUGGCUGUGGCUCUGUAUCUGUCAUAGUCUAUGGAGAUCAUGACAAACCGGCUCUAAUCACAUAUCCAGAUGUAGCACUAAAUCAUAUGUCAUGUUUCCAAGGAUUAUUUUUCUGUCCGGAGGCAGCUUCUUUGCUACUUCACAAUUUUUGCAUAUAUCAUAUAAGUCCUCCUGGACAUGAGUUGGGAGCUGCUGCAAUUUGUCCUGAUGAUCCAGUCCCUUCUGCUGAAGACUUAGCAGAUCAAAUACUUGAGAUUCUCAACUAUUUCAGGCUUGGUGCGGUGAUGUGUAUGGGAGUAACGGCUGGUGCUUAUAUCCUUUCACUAUUUGCUAUGAAAUAUAGGGAGCGUGUUCUUGGUUUAAUACUUGUAUCUCCCUUAUGCAAAGCUCCUUCUUGGACCGAAUGGUUUUUUAACAAGGUGAUGUCAAAUUUGUUAUAUUUCUAUGGUGUGUGUGGCUUGCUAAAGGAGUGUUUGCUCCAGCGAUACUUCAGCAAGGAAGUUCGUGGUAACGCGGAAUUUCCAGAAUCAGAGAUAGUUCAAGCUUGCAGAAAACUGCUGGAUGAGAGAAAGAGCAUCAACGUCUUACGGUUUCUUCGUGCUAUCAAUGAGAGACCUGACAUAACGGAAGGAUUGAAGAGAUUAAAAUGCCGUACGCUUAUAUUUGUAGGGGACAGUUCUCCAUUCCAUUCGGAGGCUCUUCACAUGACUUCAAAACUUGACAGGAGAUAUAGUGCCUUGGUUGAGGUUCAGGCUUGUGGAUCAAUGGUAACGGAGGAACAGCCACAUGCGAUGCUGAUCCCAAUGGAGUACUUUUUCGUGGGGUAUGGGCUGUAUAGGCCUUGUUAUUUCAGUGACAGCCCAAGAAGCCCGCUUAGCCCAUCUUGCAUAUCUCCUGAGCUACUAUCUCCAGAAAGCAUGGGAUUGAAUCUAAAGCCUAUAAAGACACGUGUUUCAAUGCAAAUUUGACAAGGGGCACACAUUCACGUACAUGUGAUGUAAAGAAGUCUUGUUCUUUUUGACUUUUCUAAUUUUUUGAUUGUUUAUUAAAGAGAGGAAUGAUUAGGGAGGGUGAAGUGGUGGCAGGUUGUAGAUAUAAAGGGAAAAGGGUGUUGAAAUUCGUGAGAAUAUAGGGACAUUUUCGUUCAUUCAUUUGUAGUCACUCACUGAUCCGUGUCUGUAGUCUGUACAUUCCACAUGGACUGCAUAUUUAUUUAUGGUGACAAACAAUCAAUAACACAGACCCCUUGAUUUUCAACAGCCUUCCCCUAACUUGGAAUAUGUUCUAGACAUUUCAACACAUCCUGUGUUGGUUGGGCUAUUAAUCUGUUUGUUUAAUGCUAAAACACACAUGACAUAAGAAAUAAUAAUAAUAAUAAUAUUUAUUAUUAUCAUUUUAUUACGAACCAAAAUUGAAUUAUAAUAUGUCGGUCACUAAAGUGAUUAAUGGUUAAAACACACGACAUUUGCAUGGUUUUGGAAGUUUUUCUUCCCUAACGCCUGCAGUAGAAAAAAUGGUGACCAUUCACAUUAAAGAUCCUCUUUUUUAGAAUAGGAAACUGCCUUCAACAUGCAUGCGGAUCCAUCUGGAGUUAUUAUUUACAAUAUUAAAUUUUCAAAAGGCAAAAAGCAUAAAGAAACGUGAGCCUAAGAAGUGAAGAACAGGAAAAGGCCCAUUCACUUCCAAUUUGUGGACCGUGGAUA